UUUCUGUACAAGAAUGACAUGCUCUCUCGAUUUCUCUCUGGUUCGAGAGUGUUAACCAUCACUGCUAGAUACCAUUUUCCUACUCAGAAAACCCAGUUAUCUACAAAUUUUACAGUAACCCACAAUUCACUGAGAAGAGUGCUAUUGACUGUGAGAUCAAUGGCUUCAGGUGAUCAGAAAUUCCCACCACAGAAGCAGGACGCUCAGCCUGGGAGACAGUAUGUCAUGGACCCAACUCCCAAGGAUGCUACUGAAGAUUAUAAGCCUGCUAACAAGCUUGAAGGUAAAGUGGCGCUUGUGACAGGUGGUGAUUCGGGAAUUGGUCGAGCAGUGUGCCAUUGCUUCGCGCUAGAGGGUGCAACGGUGGCUUUUACAUAUGUGAAGGGUCAAGAGGACAAAGAUGCAGUGGAUACCCUUGAAAUGUUGAAGAAAGCAAAACAUCCUGAUGCGAAAGACCCAUUAGCACUACCAGCAGAUCUGGGGUACGACGGGAUUUGCAAAAGAACUGUUGAAGAAGUGGUGAAUAACUAUGGCAGAAUCGAUAUUCUGGUAAACAAUGCUGCUGAGCAAUACGAAGCAAACUCAGUCGAACAGAUCGAUGAACCGAGGCUUCUCAGGGUGUUUAGAACCAAUAUUUUUUCUUACUUCUUUAUGGUUAGGCAUGCUUUGAAACAUAUGAAGGAAGGGAGUUCCAUAAUCAACACAACAUCAGUGAAUGCAUACAAAGGAAAUGCUAAGUUACUCGACUACACAUCGACAAAGGGGGCGAUUGUGGCGUUCACCAGAGGACUUGCAUUACAGCUUGUGAACAAGGGAAUACGCGUAAAUGGGGUGGCGCCUGGUCCAAUUUGGACACCUCUAAUUCCAGCUUCUUUCACUGAAGAAAAGACUGCUAAUUUCGGAAAGCAAGUGCCAAUGCAGAGAGCUGGGCAGCCAAUAGAGGUUGCUCCAUCGUAUGUGUUUCUUGCUUCAAAUGCGGACUCCUCUUAUAUGACCGGCCAAGUCCUUCAUCCCAAUGGUGGAACCAUAGUCAAUGGAUAAUUGACCUUCUGAGUGAGAACUUUGAUGGGGUUUUUUGUUUUUGUUAAUAGUCUUCAAGUCUUUUAUCUUUUGUCGUACGAUUGAGUUUGUUUCCAUAUGUUAAGAUAUGAUGUUAAUGUUGUAAUUUGCUGAAUAAAUUGUCUGUUAACAUUGCCUGAA